AUGUCACAAUACGAGUACUCUCCUUUGACCAACCCAGAGAGUAGUAUCCGGCUACUCGAAUUACUCCCAGAUGAGCCGAGCCGGGAGAUACGUGUUCGACUGUCUCACGCAAGCCUGGAUGACUCCUUUAUGAGUUCCGCAAAGCGCAGUUCAACGCCUGUCUUGAACUCCUUGGCAUCCACAUUGCCUCCUGGCUGGAGCGUUCGCGAAUCGUGCUCUGGCCGGAUUGCAUUUCAACACGUAAAGACCGACACGAUCUCUUGGAUACAUCCUGACCCGUCAGUCAGCGAAUCAGCAUAUCGCCAGUUGGAAGAUGACGUUUUCAAACAUCCCGCAGUAUGCAUCAACCAGCAGGACGUCGAGGAGCGGAACAUGCAGGUCUGCAGGAUGGCAGCAAUCUACACCCUUGCUCGACGCGUCGUUUUGUGGCUAGGCCCGGCGUCACACAACAGUGAAUUGGCCAUGUCGACCAUGAACCACCUCGGUCGCCAGAUCGUCUUCUGCAAAAACAGUUCUUUUUACGCCUCCCCAGAAGCUGAACACGUCGACUGGUACCGGUCCACCACGACGCUGCCCUACACCGAAGAUGAGUGGCGGUCGAUCCUGGACCUCAUCAACAGGCCGUGGUUCGAACGCCUGUGGAUCACGCAGGAGGUGCACCUCUCAAACCAGCAUGCUUUGGUCUGCUGCGGGCUGGACGAGAUGCCUUGGGAUAGAUUCCGGUCUGCCUUGAUAGGGCUUGCAUGGAAGCAGAAGACGAAGCUGCCGGAGCUGCGACGGCGGCUCACCAAGGUAUCCUCGCUGGCGCAAGUCUGGAACGGCCGACCCUUGCAGACUCUGUUCAAGCUGUGUGAGGAUCGCCAGUGCUCGGAUCCGCGCGACAAGAUCUACGGACUGCUCGGCCUGGCACCGCCGGCCCUGGCAAAGAUGAUCACGCCCAACUACCUCGCCCCGGUGGCCGACGUAUACAGGGACGUAGUCAUCGCCCUGCUGAGGCAGACGAAACGGCUCUGCCUGGCCAACUGCGGACGGAGCCCCGCGCACCCGUCGCUCCCGACCUGGGUCCCCGACUAUUCCCAGUCGUUUGCGUCCAGAUUCGACGACCUCGGGUUCUGCUCCGGCUUCUCUGCGGCCGAGUUCUCCACCGAGGGCCGGUCGGGUCUGAAAGUGUGCGGCGUUCGCUGUCUUCGCGUCUCGGACGUGAGCGUGCCCAUGCGCGUGGCUCCCGGCGAUGCGGCCGAGGAUCUUCGACACGCCCGAACCCUGCGCGACUGGGCGGCACGGACGCCUGGGUCCCAGAGCUACCCUGCCGGGGGAACCUGCCUGGAAGCGUUGGCUGCAGCUUUGGUGUUGGGUCAGACUGGGGAUAUCUAUCCUUCUCUCUACUCAUUCGCCACGCUGCCCGAGUGGUCAGCCCAACUUGGUGAGUUCCUGCUCGGCCCGGACCUGAUGGGCCUCAGUGAGCUUGGGGACAAGACGCUACUCGGAAGGAUCUUCCAGGGCGAGCAGUUCUUGUUCUCGACGCGGGAGGGCUUUGUCGGAAUGGCACAGUGCCCUUUACAGCCCGGAGAUGUGCUAUGCGUCAUUCUGGGCUGCAUGGGCAUGGCUAUCCUCCGUCCCAGGAUCUUGGACGAACGCCAGAAGUACGAGGUUGUUGGAGAAUGCUAUGUGCAUGGCUUCAUGGAAAUGCAGGCUUUGCUUGGUCCGGUACCAGCGCCGUGGGUCUACAGGAACCAGAUCAAGGAGGAUGGCGCAUGGUAUCCGUGGUUCGUCAACUCGGUCAGCGGCCAGGCGUCUGAGGACGACCCACGACUCGGCCCAGUUCCUGAAGGGUGGGAGCAGAUGGCGUGGAGCAGAUCGCCUGAGGACCCGCUAUACUUUGUCCGGUUCAGGAACAGAGUCACUGGUGAGAUCAUCAACUCGGACCCGAGGCUAUUCCCUGCGGCUUUACGAGCGCGAGGCGUUAGUUUGGAAAUGCUGGAGCUGGUGUGA